ACUGAACACCAGAAUAUGGCAAAAUUCUAGGGUAAAAGAACGAAAACGGGAUAUUGAUAAAGAGAAUAAUGCCUCGAAGUAUAUCAAGGUCUCCGUCGUCUUACAGGCGGAGAUACUCGCCAUCGCCGGUCAGCCGGCGCCGCCGGAGGGAUCGGAGCCGCUCGCCCUACACUACUAGUCACAGCAGGCGAAGAAGUCAUUCUGGUACCCCUCGUCGCCGCAGAAGUCGGUCUCCAAUUUCUAGACACAAAAAAAGUCGGUCUCCAACACCUCGGCGUCACAGGAGGCGAAGAAGUAGGACUUCUUCACUUAGCCCUGUGGAGUCUCCAAGCCCGAGUAUCACAUCAACUGAACGCAAAACUGCCCUUGCAAAAUCAAGAAAAGAAGAAGAAGAAAAGAAAAGGCUUGAACAGGAGAUGGAGCUCAAAAUUUUAGAAGAGGAGACGACAAAGAGAAUAGAAGAAGCAAUCCGAACAAGGGUUGAGGAGAAAUUGGUGUCAGAUGAGGUUAAACUAGAAAUAGAGAGGAGAGUAGAAGAAGGCCGGAAGAAGCUUUUUGAUGAUGUUGCGGUUCAACUUGAACGAGAAAAGGAAGCAGCUCUUACUGAAGCAAGGCAGAAGGAGGAGCAAGCGAGAAGAGAGAGAGAAGAGCUUGAUAAGAUGUUGGAAGAGAAUCGCAGGCGGGUGGAAGAGGCUCAGAGAAGAGAAGCUCUAGAGCUUCAGCGCAAAGAAGAGGAACGACACAGGGAGCUUGAACUUAUUCAAAGACAAAAGGAAGAGGCUGCUAGGAGAAAGAAACUCGAAGAUGAAGAAGAACUUAUGAAGCUAUCAAGUAAAGUCAAAUCUCGAUAAACCAAUACAAGAAAAAACCAUAGUAAUCAGUCACAAACCAAAGUGCAGAGACCAAACACGAUUUCCAGGUGAUACAUUUUUAAGCUUUCUAUAAAUUAUCCAUUUCAAACUCCUUAACUGUGGAUCCUCUGUUUUCGUCUCGUCUUUUGAAUAGAGUAUAAAUUUUUAUCGUUGUAAUCUGUCUAUUAGUGGAAACAGCCUCUCGGUCUCUUGAGAUAGAGGUAAGGCACGCUUACAAUCUACCCCGUGCAUACCGUAACUUUAGAUGAGAUAUACUGGGUUUGUUUGGUACUUUGGUUUGGUUUCUCUGUCCCUUAGGGUAGAUUUCUAUGCUUUUUUAGUUGGUAGAAUGUUUUUUGCUGUACCGUCGGGGAUGUAAGUUGAACAGCCUUUCAAAGACUGUAAAUUGAGUUUUGUGAUUUCCCCAACUACUCAUAGGCUUGUGUUUCGCUGGACAUCCAAAUAUCUUGGUUCGGUCGGUAUGGAUAAAUUUGUGUG